GCGUCCACCAGCAUGUCACCCACGCCAUGCCGCCAUUCGCGCCCACGCCUCCCGAGCUCCAUGGCGUCCAUUCGAGCGAGUUCCGCAAGAUAUCAAUCACUUCACUACUACGACGACAACGCGAUCGCUACGAGUUGUGCAACUCUGCGACCCGCUUCCUGUUCGUAUCGUAUUGGCUUACGACACGCGUGCUUUCGUAUUCCCUUCCCGAUCUACUUUGUCGUCCGAAGCCGGCACCACCACCUCGCUAGAUCCCUUAGCUUCAGCCGUCUCACCGCCAGCGCUCCUGACCUGUCCAUCUGUUCACUUCUCUCUUCCCUCUUUCGACUUCUUCUCCAUCCACCGCUGUUUAAUAGCGCUACUGCCAUCAGCAUCUAACCAUGGCCGCCUGGCUACUAGCCGCCGCGUCCCGCGCAGCCGGUUCUGCCUGCACCCGCAGAUGCGGCUCCAUGGCGCUACUCCCCGCACUCGCCGCACAAGGAGGCCCGCACCGUUCCCCGCUGGAACGUUUCAGCAGCAGCCACGUGUUCGAAAUUCCCCGCCGUGAAGGCGGGGCGAACCCGUGCAGGCACUACAGCCGCAGCCACAGCGCGGCGGCAGAGUACGGGCAUGGCACCCGGCCCACGAUCGUCUCGACCUCCUCCGACGGCCUCCGCGUCGCGACGGAAGCGUACGCGGAUCCGACCGCGCCCAACACCGCGGCCGUCGGCGUGUGGGUCCACACGGGAAGCCGGUUCGAGAGCGGCGCCCCUCACGGCACGGCGUACUUCCUGGCGAAUAUGGUGUUCGAGGCAUUGCAGAGGCGACUCGCGGAACAGUUGGGGAUUGGAGGGGGGAAACAUGUGAACGCGUACUGCACGCGCGAGGUCACGGCGUGUAUCGCGACGGCGUAUGUCGGACAUCCCCGCCGCUUUGGGCAUUCUAGGCGUCGUUCUGCAAGAGGCGGCGCUAUUUAGCGCGGAUGCUGUGGAUCGCAAACGCAGCUCGAUUGUGCGCAGGACUAAGGAGGCACGUGUGCUACGGAGAGUACUGUAGUAGGCUUCGCUGGUAGCGCAGGUAGCCAAUAUAAAGGUGGUUGUGUACAGUUGCGGCCUUGGUGUGUACCACUCUUACUAGAAUGGACAGCAGGGCCUACAGGGGACAACGCAGUAUGGAGUUUGAUAGA